AUGGCCAUGGUCAUGCUCCUGUUGACCAAUCCUGUCCUCUGUGCUACAAAGUCGGGCACGGCCUCUUCGAUUGUUAACCGUGGAUCCGCUGAUGUGUCGUGGAGCGGAGACAUGGUCAUCUCUGGGGGAACGUCUUCUCAGUACAGAACCUCAAAUCACCACAUCGGUUACAACUUUGGCCUCUCUUCCAUUCCUGCUGGCUCCAUCAUCGAUGGCAUCCAGGUCUCAAUGUCGUACUCAGCAUCCAUCGACGAUGCUACCGAUGGCAGUAUCAGGGCUGUUGACUUUACUCUCAUGACCAGCUCGGGUACCAUACUCGCUGGCUCGACGAUCAAGUCGAAGACCACAACCCUCCGCUCGAGUCUCGGUACCUCAUUUGGUACUCUCACCGUCGGAUCGUCCUCGGAUACCUGGGGCCUCUCCGGUGACAUCCGCUCCAAGAUUGUCGGCUCUUCCUUUGGCGUCGCCUUUCGCGUCAAGGGCUUUGUCUUCAAGAUUGGCGAGACGCCAUCGGGUACCUUCAGCGGCGGCUCGUCGACCCAGCCAUUUUCGGUUGCCCAGCACCCGCAGAGCCCGCGUCCGGACCAUCUUGCUCAGGAUGAGGCUUCUGUCGAGUACAGCAACGAUGGCGAGGAGAAGCAGGUGACCGCCACCGUCCGCGCGCCGCCGCCAGAGUGCUGCCCGACUUGGCAGGUGGCGGCGGCGGCCAGCGCCUUUUCCAUCACCGUUACAUACCACGCGGGCCAGUGCGCCGCAUCAGGCGGCUACCCGACCACCAAUGCCGGAUCGACGGCCUACAGGGCGUGCCCGGCCGGCUACUCGGGCCAGUACUCGCGAGCCUGCUCGUCGACCGGUACCUGGGGCUCCGAGGUCAACGGGUGCAGCCUCAUUACCAACUACUGCACCCUCCUCGGUGCGCCGUCCAACGGCAAGCUCUCGGCCUCGUGCUCUUCGAAGCGAUCGAUCGGCGAGGUCUGCGGGACCUUCUCCUGCAACGCAGGCUACACCCGUGGCGGAUCGACUAGUCGCACCUGCCAGGCCGGCCCGUCGUGGUCCGGAUCCACCCCGACAUGCUCGCUCACCACCAAUUACUGUCCGGAGCAUCUGGCGCCGGCCAACGGUGCAAUCUCCAUCGGCUCUUGCUCUAGCCGCCGCUCCAUCGGCGAGGUCUGCGGUACCUUCUCCUGCUCGGGUGGCUACGCGUUCUCGGGAUCGUCGUCGCGGACGUGCUCGGCUGGUGCCGUGUGGUCUGGUUCGGCACCGGUCUGCUCGCUCAUUACCGACUACUGCCCGCUCCUCGGUGCGCCGUCCAACGGCAAGCUCUCGGCCUCGUGCUCUUCGAAGCGAUCGGUCAGCGAAGUCUGUGGGACGUUCUCUUGCAACGCUGGCUACUCUAUGUCCGGAUCUUCCAGCCGGACGUGCCAGUCGAACGCAGCCUGGUCCGGCUCCGCCGCCUCAUGCGCCCUCAUCGGCAACUACUGCCCAGAGCAUCUGGCGCCGGCCAACGGUGCCAUCUCCAUCGGCUCUUGCUCGACCCGCCGCUCCAUCGGCGAGGUCUGCGGUACCUUCUCCUGCUCGGGUGGCUACGCGUUCUCGGGAUCGUCGUCACGGACGUGCUCGGCUGGUGCCGUGUGGUCUGGCUCGGCACCGGUCUGCUCGCUCAUUACCGACUACUGCCCGCUCCUCGGCGCGCCGGCCAACGGCAAGCUCUCGGCCUCUUGCUCCACCAAGCGAUCGGUCGGCGAGGUCUGCGGAACGUUCUCUUGCAACGCUGGCUACUCUAUGGGCGGAUCGUCGAGCCGCACCUGUUUGUCCAACGGUGCGUGGUCCGGCACUGCCGCCACCUGCACCCUCACCACCAACUACUGUCCGGAGCAUCUGGCACCGGCCAACGGCGCCAUCUCCAUCGGCUCUUGCUCGACCCGCCGCUCACUCGGUGAGGUCUGCGGGACCUUCUCUUGCUCGGGCGGCUACGCGCUCUCGGGAUCAUCGUCACGGACGUGCUCGGCUGGCCAGACCUGGUCUGGCUCGGCACCGGUCUGCUCGCUCAUUACCGACUACUGCCCGCUCCUCGGCGCGCCGGCCAACGGCAAGCUCUCGGCCUCUUGCUCCACCAAGCGAUCGGUCGGCGAGGUUUGCGGUACCUUCUCCUGCAACGCCGGCUACGUGCUCGGCGGAUCGGGUAGCCGGACGUGUCAGUCGAACGCAGCCUGGUCCGGCACCGCCGCCGUCUGCUCCAUCGACAACAACUAUUGUCCGGAGCACCUGGCCCCGACCAACGGCGCCAUCUCGCCCGGCCCCGAUUGUGCCGCCCAGCGCGCACUCGGCGAAUCGUGCGGGACGUUUGUCUGCAACGGUGGCUACAGCCUCUCGGGCGCCACCUCGCGGACCUGCUCUUCCGGCCGCACCUGGUCGGGCACCGCGCCGGUCUGCUCGAUCAUCACCAACUACUGCCCGGCGCUGAGCGCGCCGGCCAACGGUAAGCUCUCGUCGGCCUGUGGCCGAUCAGUCGGCACCUCGUGCGGGACCUUCUCUUGCAACGCCGGCUACAUUAUGGGCGGCUCGGCGAGCCGAAGCUGCCAGGCGAAUGGCGCGUGGUCCGGCACCGCCGCUGUCUGCACCCUCAACAACAACUACUGCCCGGAGCAUCUGGCGCCGGCCAACGGCGCGAUCUCUCCCGGCGGGACCUGCAGCGCGCAGCGCGCACUCGGCGAGUCGUGCGGAACGUUUACCUGCAACGGUGGCUACAGCCUCUCGGGCGCCACCUCGCGGACCUGCUCGACUGGCGCCGUCUGGUCGGGCGCCGCGCCGGUCUGCUCGAUCAUUACCAACUACUGCCCGGCACUGAGCGCACCGGCCAACGGUAAGCUCUCGUCGGCCUGUGGCCGAUCGGUCGGCACCUCGUGCGGAACCUUCUCCUGCAACGCGGGCUACAUCAUGUCGGGCGCGUCCUCGCGGAGCUGCCAGGCCAAUGGCGCGUGGUCGGGCUCUGCCGCGUCGUGCACUCUGGACAACAGCUACUGCCCGCUGCUGAGCGCGCCGGCCAACGGCGUCAUCUCACCAAGUGGCUCGUGUGCCUCGCUCCGGGCCAUCAACAACCAGUGCGGUACCUUUACUUGCAACAGCGGCUACGCGCUCUCGGGAUCAGCGAGCCGGACGUGCGCGUCGGGCGGUGUGUGGACCGGGACCAACGCGGGAUGCGGGCUCAUCGCCAACUACUGCCCUGCGCUCACCGCGCCGGCAAACGGCAAGGCGCCGGCGACGUACGCGCGUUCGAUCGGCGCCACCGCGGCUUCGUACUCAUGCAACGCUGGAUACACCAUGUCUGGUAGCGCGAGCCGGACGUGCGAGGCUGGUGGAAGCUGGUCGUCGACCGAGCCGACGUGCGCGGCCACGCCCAACUUUUGCCCGCCGGCGCCGGCGACGCCGGCCAACGCCGCGCCGGGCUCGUGCGUCCGUACUGUGGGCGGAGCGUGCUCGUUCUCGUGCCAGGCCGGCUACACGCCCUCGGGCGCCAUGUCGGUCACCUGCUCCACGUCCGGGACUUGGUCUGGGACCCUCGGAUCGUGCUCGCCCACGCCGAACUACUGCCCAGCGCUCACGGCACCGACCAACGGCAAGGCGCCACCGACGUACGACCGGACGAUCGAUAGCGCCGCCAGCCCGUACUCGUGUAACGCGGGGUACGACAUCUCGGGCGCAACAAGCCGGACGUGCCAGGCUGGCGGGAGCUGGUCGUCGGCGGCGCCGACGUGCGUCGCCAACCCGACGUACUGCUCACCGCGCCUGGCGACGCCGGCAAACGGUGCGCCCGGCCCAUGCGAUACCUCCAUCGGCGGCGCGUGCUCGUACACCUGCGAUGAGGGCUACGUGGCGAACGGCGCGCUUUCAGUGACCUGCGAGGCUGGUCCGGCCUGGUCGAGUGCGAUCGGCUCAUGCGUACCCAAGACCAACUACUGCCCGGUGCUCACGGCACCGAUCAACGGUAAGGUGCCUGUGGGCUACACUCGCAAGAUCAACGACGUGGCCAACCCGUACACCUGUAACGCCGGCUACAUCAUCACCGCCGGUUCGGCGAGCCGGACCUGCCUUGCCGGCACGAUGGCGGCGGGAACCUGGUCGGGCACCACGCCGACGUGCGAGCUCGAUCCCAACCACUGUCCGUCGGCGCCGCCGCCGCCGCCCAACUUCUCCAUCAGCUCGUGCUCGGCCCUCAACGGCGGCCUCUGCAUCUACGAGUGCGACAACGGGUACACGUUGACCGGCAACGAUCGGCUCACCUGCGGCGCCGACAAGAACUGGUCUGGCGUGCUCGGGAGCUGCAACCCCACCGCCGACUACUGUGCCGUCCUCCCUGCACCUACCAACGGCGCCCGCGGAUCAUGCCCGGGUACCAUCACCUCAUCCUGUGGACCGUUUACCUGUAACGCCGGCUACGAGCUGAGCGGAUCGGCAUCGCGGGUGUGCGAGGACAACGGGCCGGCGUCCGGCACCUGGACCGGCUCGACCUCGAGCUGCAACCUCAUCACCAACUACUGCACGCUCCAGGCGGCUCCGGCUAACGGAGUGCUCGGCUCGUGCUCGCGCGCCAUCAGCGGUUCAUGUUCCUUCUCCUGCGCCAACGGCUACCAGGCGACCGGCACCACGUCGAUCUCCUGCCAGGCCGGCCCGGCUUGGUCGGCCUCGUUUGGCAGCUGCGUCAAGAUCGCGAACUACUGCACGCCCGACGAGGCACCGACCAACGGCAAGGCUGCGAUCGGAUGCUCGGGCGAGGUGAGCACGGCCUGUGGGCCCUACACCUGCAACGCCGGCUACACCGCGUCUGGCACUGCGACGCGGACGUGCGAUCCGGCCACGCCUGUCACGGGCAGCUGGUCCGGCACGACCCUCGCUUGCACGCUCGACACGACGUACUGCCCGCUCCCUGCGGCACCGACCAACGGCGCCAUUGGCUCGUGCACCCGGUCCAUCGGCGGCGCUUGUGGCGCGAGCUGCAACAACGGAUACUCGACGACGGGCGCGACGACGGCCACGUGCGGCUCGGGCUCGAUCUGGUCGGCCGUGUUUGGCGACUGCACGGCUGACGCCGGCUACUGCGCCGUCCUCACGCCGCCGACCAACGGCGCCUUCACCGGGCCGUGCACCGGCAAGAUUGGCACUGUCUGCGGUCCGGUCACCUGUGACGCCGGCUACAACCUCGGUGGAUCGGCGGCGCGGAACUGCGAGGACGGCGGCGCGGUCGCCGGCACCUGGUCCGGCUCGACGACGACGUGCAGCCUCGAGCCCAACUACUGCCCUGCGGUGACUGCGCCCGCCAACGCGGUGCUCGGCCCGUGCACGCGCUCGAUCGGCGGGACGUGCUCGGCGAGCUGCAACAACGGGUACUCGACGGCCGGCGCCACAUCGGCGACGUGUCAUGCUGGGCCCAACUGGUCGGCUCCACUCGCCGACUGCGCCAAGACAUCCGGCUACUGCGCGCCGCUUUCGGCUCCGGUCAACGGUAUCCUUACUGGCGACUGCACCGGCAAGAUCGGGACGAGCUGCGGCCCGGCGAGCUGCAACGCCGGGUACAACCUGGUGGGCACGGCGACGCGGUCGUGCUCGGACAACGGCAUGGCGUCCGGGACCUGGACCGGCGCCGCCUGGUCGUGCGUCCUCGACGACGCGUACUGCCCGACUCCCGACGCGCCGGCCAACGGAACACUCGGCACGUGCGAUGAGCACAUCGGCGGGACGUGCUCGGCGAGCUGCGCCAACGGGUUCUCGACGGCCGGCGCGUCGUCGAUCACCUGCAACGCCGGGCCCAACUGGUCGGACAUCCUCGGCGCGUGCACCAUCACUGAUGGCUACUGCACCCCGCUCCCGCCGCCAACCAACGGCGUCAUCGGAUCGUGCUCGGGCCAUAUCGGGUCGGCGUGCGGACCGGCUAGCUGCAACGCCGGCUACGAUCUGGCGGGCUCGGCCACCCGCAGCUGCGUCGACAACGGCGUGGCGUCCGGGAGCUGGACGGGGACGCCGGCGACGUGCACCAUCAACCCGAGCUACUGCCCGAUGCCUGCGGCGCCGGCCAAUGGGGCGCUCGGGACAUGCGACCGCCACAUCGGUGGGAUGUGCUCGGCGAGCUGUGCCAACGGGUACGCCGCCGCCGGCGCGUCGUCGAUCACCUGCAACGCCGGGCCCAACUGGUCGGACAUCCUUGGCGCGUGCGCCAUUGCUGACGGUUACUGCGCCCAGCUGCCUGCGCCUGAGAACGGCGUCAUCGGCACGUGCUCGGGCCAGAUCGGUUCGGCCUGCGGACCGGCAAGCUGCAACGCCGGCUACAACAUUGCCGGCUCAGCUACUCGGAGCUGUGUCGACAACGGUCCGGUGUCUGGGACGUGGACCGGUGCGCCUGCGCUCUGCACCCGCGAGCCGAACUACUGCCCGAUGCCUGCGGCGCCAGCCAACGGUGCUCUCGGCGACUGCGACCGGUUCAUCGGCGGCAACUGUAGCGCGAGCUGCGCCGACGGCUACUCGUCGGCCGGAGCAGCGACCAUCACCUGCGGCGCCGGCCCCGAGUGGUCGGACAUUCUCGGCGUGUGCGCCAUCACCGAUGGCUACUGCGCGCCGCUGCCUGCACCUGAAAACGGGCGCGCGGCGGUCGGAUGCAGCGGCCAGCUGGGCGAGGCGUGCGGACCGGCGACGUGCAACGCCGGCUACAACCUGUUUGGCGACGCAACGCGGAGCUGCGUGUCCAACGGGCCGGCUGCCGGGACGUGGACCGGGGCGCCGGCGACAUGCUCGCGCGAGCCGUUCUACUGCCCGGUGCCUGCGGCGCCGGCCAACGCGGCCAUCGGCGACUGCGACCGGUUCAUCGGCGGCAACUGCAGCGUGGCAUGCGACAACGGGUACACCGAGGGUACGACGUCGACGGUGACCUGCAUGGCCGGGCCUGGCUGGUCCGAGCCGCUCUCGCAAUGCGUCACCUAUGCUGGGUACUGCACGCCGCUGGCGGCGCCGUCAAACGGCGUCAUCGCGAGCUGCACCGGCGCCAUCGGGACGAGCUGUGGGCCGGCGAGCUGCAACGCUGGCUACUCGCUGAGUGGGACGGCUACGCGGACUUGCGUGGCGGACACGAGCUCGACCGGUGGAUGGACCGGGCUUGAGGCGAGCUGCACCAAGGAUGCGGCAUACUGCGCCAUCCCCGAUGCGCCGGCCAACUCUGUGCUUGGGGCGUGCGAUCUCUCGAUUGACGGCAGCUGCACCUUCCUCUGCGGCAGCGGAUAUGAGGCCGUGGGCGUGACGUCCAUCACGUGCGGCGCCGGGCCUGCGUGGUCGGCGUCGUUUGGCGAGUGUGUGCGGACGGUGGGCUACUGCCCGACGCACGCCGCCCUGAGCAACGGGAUCAACCCGGAGUGCAACGGGACGGUGGGCGAGGUAUGCGGGCCGUUUACCUGCGACGAGGGCUACGAGAUCCUCGGAUCUGUGGCGCGAACGUGCGAGGUGAACACGCCGAUGGCCGGGCUGUGGAGCGGUCCGCGGCCGCAGUGCGGGCUCGAUCCCAACUAUUGCUUUGACUCGCGGGUGCCGGCGCCUGGCAACGGGACACGGGCGCUGUGCGACUCGAAGCUCGGCGGCUUCUGCAUCUACUCUUGCGACGCCGGGUACGAGCUGGUGGGCUCUGCGGUGCUUAUCUGUGGCAUCGGCCCUUCGUGGACCGGCACGCCGCCGGUCUGUCAGCCGGUCCUCGACUACUGCCCGCCGGUGACAUCGAUUCCGUUUGGGACGGCGCCGACGUGCACCAACCGCAUCGGCGAGCAGUGCGGACCGUUCUCGUGCGAUGGCGAGUACCUGCUGUUUGGCUCGGAGACGCUGACCUGUGGCGACGAUGGCGAGUGGGAGGAGGGCGUGCCGUUCUGCUCGUCAACGUCGACGGACAACUCGCUGGUCUUCUCGCCGCCGGCGCCGCGGUCGCUGACCAACGACACGCUGAUCAUCUCCAAGGACGUGGUUGCGGUUCUCCGCGACGGGACGCCGAUCUCGAUCACUGCGCGGUCGCAGUCGUCUCCGGCGACGUGGAACGCGGCGACGCGGGCGUUUGACACCGAGCUGACGGUGCGGACGGCAGGGACGUACAAGUACCACGUGGUGCUCAAUGGCGACGCUAUUGGCACAUCGCCGUACGAUGUGACGGUUGUGGCUGGUGCGCCGGCGGCGACGACAUCGACUGCGUCGGGCGUGGCGCUUGGAGUUGUCUCGAGCGAUGACGAGCUGUUUGCGCAGGACGAGGUGGUUCAGUUUGCCAUCGCGCCGCGCGACGCGUGGGGCAACGCUGUGCCUGUUGCGCCGUCGCCGCCGACGACGCCGUUCACGGCUGCGCUCAAGGGCGAACUUGUGGGCACGAUUCCGGUGGAGUACGUGGCAUCGGCGUCCGGGCCGGAGACCGGGUACGUGUUUGAGUACUCUGUGCCGACAGGCGGCCUGCUCACGCUCUCUGUGACGCUUGAUCAGGUGCCGCUGGCGGACUCGCCGUGGCUGGUUCAGGUGGCGGCGGUUUGCCCUCCAGGCGAGCGGCGGGUUCGGAUCACGGGCCCGUGCGUGGCAUGCUCGGCGAACACGUUCUCUGAUGCAGCGGGCGAGGAGUGCGUGGCGUGUCCCGCCGACAUGAGCUCGCCGGCGCGUUCGGCGACAGCGUUCAACUGCACAUGCCUGCCCGACUUUUACACCUCGCCGCGUGCGCCGAUCACGCCCGAGGGCGUGCCGGCGUGUGCGGCGUGCCCUGUGGGUGCGAUCUGCCGCGGCGGCAAUGACCCGCCGUUCCCGCGGCCGGGCUACUUUAGCGACGGCGAGGCGUUUGUCUCGUGCCCGCGGCCGGCGGCAUGCCUGGGCUCGGGCGCGUGCGCGACGGGCUACCAGGGCACGUCGUGCUCCGAGUGCCAGAAGGGCUUCUACCGCAUGGGCGAGCGGUGCUUCCCCUGUGACCGGACCAAGGCGCUGGCCAUCGCGCUCUCUGCGGUGGUUGUCCUCCUCUGCUUUGUGUGCGUGCUUGUGUACCUCAACUCGCGCGAGACGCACAACCGGAUGUACACGGCUGCGGCGUUCAUGAUCGGUUUCAACUCGCUCCAGAUCUCUGCGCUGUACGGUGACAUCAACCUCAAGUGGCAUCCGAUUGCGCGGACGUUCUUUGACAUUCUCUCUGUGGCCAACCUCAACAUCGAGAUUACGUCGCCCGAGUGCUCGUUUGACAUGGGCGAUCCGUGGCUUGUCAAGUGGGUGCUCAUGCUCUUGCUGCCGGUCUUUAUGCUUGUCCUCCUGGGCGUGGCAUGGGCGCUCGGCACGCUCUACCGGGUUGUGGUGAGCUCGUGCGGCGAGGGAUGGGCGGCGCGUCAUCCCAAGUGGAUUGCGCACGCAGGCGCCGAGUCCGAGCUCGACGACGGCAAGAUCUCGCGCGGGCGUGCGGUCAAGUACCGCUGCGGGCGGCUGUUCUCUGAGUCGCUGCUCACGGCUGUGGCGCUUCGGCAGGCUGUGGUCCGCACCUUUUCCCAGCUCUUCAUUUUCUGCUACCUUCCGCUCACUUUUGUGGUCCUCCGGUACUUUGAGUGCGAGCCUGUUGGUGCCGGAUCGUCGACGUACGUGAUGGCGUCCGAGCCGGCGAUCGAGUGCUACACGGCACGCUACUGGCAGCUCUUCUACGUGGCAGCGGUGUUUGGCCUGCUGUAUGCGCUGGGCAUUCCGGCGGCAACCUUUGCGCUGCUGCGGGCCAAGUCGCGGUCGCUCGACGCGUUCUCGUUCCAUCUCAAGUACGGCUUCCUGGUGGCGCGGUUCAACGAAGAGAGCUACUUUUUCGAGGUGGCGAUCAUGGCGCGCAAGCUGUGCGUUGUCCUCGCGCUGGUCAUCUUCCAGGAAGCACAGCACGAGGCGCUUGUGGCGGCGCUUGUCCUCGUCAUGGCCUUUGGCCACGUCUCGUAUGCCAUGCCGUACAUCUCGCCCUUCCACAACAAGCUCUCCAUGGCGGCGAUCUUCACCUCGUGCGUGGUGCUCCUCGGCGGGACGGCCAACUCAGGCUCGAUCCGCGACCCGCUGGUGCUCGGUGCGCUCUGCGCCAACAUCCUCGUUCUCAUCUACGGUGUACUCCACGAGAUCAAGUCGCUCGCGCAGCGCGAGGCCGACGACAUGGUCGACAUCCUUGAGGCCGACUCGGAGUUUGUGGCGGCGACGGAGAUGCUCACGCCCGGCGAGAUGCACUCGAUGUUCGACACACAGGAGCCGAUGAUGUUCAACGCUGGCCUGCCGGAGCACAACUCAGGCGAGGUGACGACGUUUGCCAACCCGUCGUUUGGUGGCGAGGCGAGCGUCAACGGAGCAAGCCGUCCCGUCGGCCCGCCGCCACCGCCGCUUGGCGUUAUGGGCUCGUUUGACGGCGGCUCGUUCCAGGCCAUGGGCUCGUUCCAGGCCUUUGAGUCGUUUGGCAACUCGGGAUCGUUUGCCGCACCGCCGCCGCUGCCGCAGGGCAUGGGCGGCUCGAACUCGUCGACGCUCGGCGAGUCGGACGGUGGCUUCUCAUCCGAGGGCGCCGACGUCUCUGCCCCGCUCCCGCCGCUACCGGCGAUGCCGUCGUCGGCCGCAGGCGCGGCCCUCCCGCCGCCGCCGCUCUCAGUGACGGCGUCAUCGGCGAUGCCGUUCCCGUCGUCGCUCGCUGCGCCGCCGCUGCCGCCGUUGCCGACAAGCCGCGGAAGCGGGCCGAUGGCAGCAACGACGGGCAGGCUGACCUUCCCGCUGGAGCGGAGUGUGCUGGGCAACAGCGGCGGGCUGGAUGGCCACGUUUCGUGGUUCCGCUACCACCGGCUGUUCACCCGGCCAGACCAUCCGGGCUUCUACGUCCUGCAGGCCGAGACCGGGCGCGGCCUGUUUGCAGCGCGGAGCAUGAGCUCGGCCAUGCUGAGCCUACCUGGGCCUGAUCGCGACGACGACAGCGGGGGAUCGCCGCGGCCUGCGCGGUCUGGACGAUCGGCGUCGCCGAGAAGCGGCGGGAGCGGCGGGAGCGGGAGCGGCGGGCUCGUCGCCUUUCUGUCGCGGCGCGAGAUGGAGGCGGUGCUCGAGGCUGGCGGGCCGAUGGUGCUCGGCGGGUACACGCGGGUGGUGGAGAGCGAGUGGCGCGGGUGCGACGUGCCGCGAACGCCACAGCAGCUGCUGCAGGUGGCGGUGUGCAUGGCGUCGGCGGUGAGCGUGGGCAUCGAGUGCCUGUCGAUCGUCUCACCGCUGGUGCUCUGCCUCGAGUCGCCGCAUGUGGCGCUCAUCUACCCGCGGAUCAGCGGCGAGUCGUUGGAGGAGCUCCUCGCCGAGGCCUUUCUUGUCGGGCGGCCUCACGAUCGGUCGUCGCAGCGACGGCAGAAGCGGCUGCCGCGGGGCGGCGGAGUGAGCGGCGUCGGCGGGUUGGCCGGGCUCGACGAGCUGAGCUCGGGCUCGGGCCUCGAUCACGUACGGGCUCUGAGCAUCGGACUGGCGCUGGCGCGUGCGCUCGCCGAGGUCCACUCGAUCACGGGCGGCGGGCACGGCUCGCUCAAGCCAUCCAACGUGGUGGUGGACCACAAGAGCGGACGGAUGGUCACAACUGCGCUGACAACCAUCAUGGACUUUGAAUCUCAAGGUCACCUCGGCUUUGUUGACUCGAUCGAGGAUGCGCUCGAGACGCUUCCGGAGAGCCCGGCCGUUACCUUCUCCAACAGCGUCUACGGCGUUUGGCGCGGUAGCGAUCAGACGGCCGACGUCGUUGUGGCUGCGGUGGUGUACAAGCGCCGCGACCUUGUGGCGAUCAAGGUUGGUGGCUGCCCAAACGACAAGAACAUCACUAGCAAGGCGUUGAUUGCCAUCGGCGGGUCGUGCACCUUGCUCAAGUUGGUGGAUGCAUCGAGAACCGCGGCCGUGGCCGACCAGUGGCCAGGGUGA